AUGAUCACUCUUUGGACACCGUCGAGCACAGUAUGCUCAGACGACGCGGGCGUCUCCAUAACAAAGACAACUCUCCCGCCCGUACCCCGCCAGUUUCCAUAUCCGGACCCAUCCACGGCGCGCUACACGUAUGUCCCUUCUCUCUCUCUCCUCUGCAUCCUGCGCGUAUACACUACGCCCGACCAGCUUCAUCUUCUCGGUGGUCUGCGGCUCAACUACAUGACUGCAGACGACCGUGGUCACUUUGAUCUUCUUCGCGCCCUCAUCCCAGGAUUCCGUCCAGCCGAAUACACCUCCACUCAGCUCGAUCCGCGCUUGUGGGCUACCUUGAUCCAAAUAUACGACGAACUACCUAAAUGCCUGAGGACCUACAAUAUCCCGCUUUCUGACGAAUACUUGCCCUUGUUGCAAUAUGUUCCAUCCACUCCCACCUUUACGCUCAUCACUGUCCUCAACCUGGCAAAGUGCAACGUGCUUACUGACAACAAUGUCAUUUGCUUGAAACCCUUAACGACUCUAGCUGCUCUUGAUGCUAGCUAUACCUCACUCAGUGACUACGGCGUCAAGUCUCUUGCAGGUACGAUUGUCUGGUCGGACGAGGAUCAAGUUUACAGAGGACCUUCUUCCCUGAGAGUCCUGAAGAUUCGAGGGUGCUCCAAGGUGACGAAUAGUGUCUACGCCUCGCUUCUCAAGCUUCCCCUUCUCUGCCUUGUUGACCUCAGGAACACCCUGUAUACCAGAGCAGAUCAUUCUCCUUUCCGCCUUUCACAGAACUCGUCACUGUUCGACUCUGUACUUCCAAACAUACUCUUGACCCUCUCUCAACCAGGAUUUUUCUCCUCCCAGAAUGUGUAUAGCAUAUCUGUCGACCGCAUGGAACAUCCCUCUGCUUCAGGGUUCGCUCGUAAUGUCGCUCUUCCACCAAACAUUCUCGCAGCCAAAAGAAUAGACACUGUGUGGGAUGAGUCUGACUCAUCUUCCAACUCGAUGAAUGAUGGUUUCGAAUCCGACGAGCAGAUCGCAGAUAUGCCUGAAGAUGAAUACGAUGACGAGUCCUCCGCAGUUGAGAGAUAUGCAUUAAAACUCCUAGAAGAGGAAGCACGACUCGAAGCUGCUCGAGAUAAAGCCACGAGCUUUUAUCGGCGUGGUGUCGAUCGAAAGCGACAUACAUCUGAUCCCAAAUGUGCUGCAAGUGCAGCAGAACGCCGUAAUGAAUGCAUGCUCCUCCGCCAACCUCCACCGUGGCACUUCCUUAACACAUCUACGACGAGAGCCCUAUUCUCAUCGACAUCUAAACCAUCAAACUCGACCGCCUCCUUACACAAAGGCCACGAUAAGCCUUCUGGCACCAAGCCGACCGCCAUCAACGCCAAAAAAGUGAUGAAAGCUAAGCAAGCUUUGAUGGAUUGGGACGCACAGCGGCGCACUCUACAUAGCCUACGAUCAACCUCAACCCGCCAGGAGGGGAGUGCAGCGGCUGGACCUUCCUCUGCUUCAACCUCGCGCAAUCCUUUCGCUCGGAGAUUCGGCGAUGAUGGCGAUGGAAGUAAUCCUGCCUCUGGCCCCCAUCCUAGCCUACUGUCCGUGCGCCCCUCGAGUAUCUUCACAUCCACGAGGCCUAUGCUCGGACCGAAUGGUGCCCGUGAUACUUCAUCGAAACCUUCGCCACUCCCGCCCUCCAACUCUAAUAAGACGUCGCUGAAAAAAGCCUCGUCGCACAAACAAUUAGCUCGCCCAUCGGGCUCGCCCCAAAGUCCGUCUACGGCAUCAAUACCAUCGACUCCUGGUAUAAUACUCAAACCAGUGACAACGCUUUCGGUGCCUUUACCACCCUCUGUAAACGACGUCAAGCCCCUUCGGAAAGGAACGGUUGUUCGGGAAAUAGCUACCCCAGGUAUUCCCAAGGAGCUAUCGUCGUCUGAAGAGAACGGGCAGAGAAGUACCAAAGGCAAAGGCAAAGGCACGGACCUUCACGCGGAAAUGGAUGCAACGUUGGCGAGAUAUUCUCGCCGUUCGUCACUUCCGGCUUAUGUCGGGCGAGAGGAUAUGCGGUGUUCUGGGACAGAUGGUCCCGUGAAGCGCCUCAUAAUUAAAGCUGACGACCCACCGUCUGCGCGGCCUACGAAGAGGACGAAGAAGGAAACUUCAAGUUCUUUAGACAAAGCGAAGAAGACGGCAUCACGUCGAGAGUCGACUCAAUUUGAUUGGAAGGUCUGGGGGAUGAGAUAG